GCCCGAUUGCAUGUGCUUGGCUCGGAUCUUCGUGAAUUAAUGAAAACAUGUUUUUCCAGUUUUGUAGCAAGAAUUUAAGAAGAAUCUUUGGCUAAAGCUUGAAAUGCUGGUCUGGAGAAUUCAAGGGAUAUUUUACACGAGAUCUCAUGUCUGGAGAAAGUCGAAAGCGUCGGCAUGGAUCUGCAACAACGGGGAAAGAAUGUGUUGGGUUGGAUCCAUUAGAUGAAGAGCGCCGUUCUACUGUUGAGAACAAACCACCCUCUGUGCUGGCUUGCGUGACAGACCCAAUCGAAGGAGAUUCGGGGCUCGACAAAUCUUCGUCCCUAUCGGACGACCUUCACGGUAAACAAGGAAGUAAAGCUAAUUCGAAGAAAGAGGCCACUGAACAUGAUGAGGCAGACAUCGUGGAUGUAAAAGCAUCUUCUUCCUCAAAAGUUGUAUCAGGUUUGUCCACGUUAGGAGAGGUCGCGGAUCCAUCACCCUCAAAUACCAACGUAACUACACCUCAUACCUUAGUGCAAUCAAACGACUGUGUACGGACUGUAGCGGAAACAUCACCCAUGCCUGAUCUCUUUGCACAAGAUGACGAUGGAGAUACGUUCCUACAUAUUUCUGUGGUACAGGGUGACCAACCACUGAGUCAGUUUUUCAUUGAGAAAAUGAAGUCAAGAGGGGUUGAUAUUUUCAACAAGCUUAGACAAACACCGUUACAUCUUGCUGUGAUUACUCAUCAAAAAUAUCUUGUGGAAAAGCUGGUAGAGGGCGGAGCGGAUGUUAAUUUGAUGGACAGGCACGGACAGACCGCCCUUCACUUGGCCUGUCAAAAUGGUGACAUCCAUUCUGUCCUAGCUAUUCGUGACGUCACACAUAGAUGCCACAUGCAAAUAAGACUGGAUCUGAAAAAUUUCCAAGGAUUUUCAGUGCUUCAUGUGGCGACUUUGAAUGGAAAUAAACAGCUUGUUGAAACAAUUCUUGACAUGGGAGCAGACAUUAACGAUCAGGAUUCCAACAGUGGUCGUACAGCUUUGCAUCACGCAGUGGAGGCUGGGAAAAAUCAUGUGGUAGAGUACUUGAUAACACGUGGUGCUGACGUCAACAAAGUUACGUUCGCUGGAAACACUCCGCUUCACACGGCUAGCGGUCGGGACAUGGAUCAGAUGGUGAAACUUCUUAUUCAACACGGUGCCAACGUAAACAUUGCUAACCUAGAGGGUGAUAUUCCGAAAGUGGGACAAACAAGUGAACAGGCGAAGAGACAUUUCCGAUCCAAAGAAAAACAAACCAAAAGGAGAAAAAAAUGAUCCUGACAAAUUAUCUGCACAAGAUCAAUCACUCUGACGGGAACUGAGGAACUUGGUUUGAGUUGACUGAAGUCGUGCUCAGGAGCCUGGGAAAUUUGAGUCUUAUGCGGUGUCGCUCAUAUUUUGUUGUGGGAAUGCGCCGGCCGGAGUAAUUACUUGCAACUUGAGAUGCUUUGAACGUGGCCGUAAGCAUCAAGAUGGAGAUGACAGUUCCAAUUGAAAAGUUACAGUUCUAAACCAUUAACGUU